AUGGCGGAGACAGCAUCAAUUCCAUCUUCACGAAUCCCAAUCACAAUCAUCACUGGCUUUGCCGGCUCAGGAAAGACGACUCUCAUCCUCAAAUUGCUCCCUCAACUCCGUGCAAACAACCCCGGCUACAAACUAGCUCUCAUCAAGAAUGAAAUUGGAGAUGUUGCUGUCGACACAGAGCUGGCAUCUGCAGCCGAGAUGACCGCGAGUAAAGAACUUUUGGGAGAUUGCAUCUGCUGCACAAAUGUCGGCCAGAUUGAGGAAAGUCUGGAGCUGCUAGAUCGUGAAAGCCACCCCGAUAGAAUCAUCAUCGAGACAUCAGGAAGUGCCGAACCGCUCAAGCUGGUUUUGGAAGUCAACAGAAUCGCGAAAGCCACUGGACGGUACGAACUCGAUGGGAUUGUAAGCGUGAUUGAUGCCGAGAACUGGUCGGGUUAUGCAAGCACGAGCUUUACCGCAAAGCUACAGGCUAAGCAGACUGAUUUGAUUGUAAUCAACAAAUGGGAGAGUCUUUCGGAGCGAGACUUCGACAUCUUCCUCGACCGGUUGGGGGAUUUGGACGUGGACACGCCUCAAACGAAGAGCGAUAGAGGGUGGAUCAGCCAUGAGUUGCUCUUCGGCUUUGACGUGAAAAUGGCAAGAGACUGGCUGAAGGAGGAUGGCCACGUUCAUGGAAAGGACUGCGGCCAUGGCGAAACAGAGCAUCAUUCUUCAGAAGUUGAGUGUCUGUCUGUGACGCUCACAUCAGAAAGUGAAGAGGCAGGAGUGGAUCUCGCAAAGCUGGAACAGUUGCUACACGCGGCUCCAAAGGAUGAAGUCUACCGGAUCAAGGCUGUGGUGUACGCUGGAUCAUCACCGAAGACCUCUGAUGGAGACGUGGUCAAUGAAGGGGCGUCUGGUCGCUCCCGUUAUAUUCUCAAUUGGUCUUUCGGACGCUGGACAUGGGCACACAGCGAAGACAACAACCAUGCUACAGGCACGCCUGUACUGCGCAUGUCCAUCUUCACAGCACCGUAUGAAAGCACGAAGUGGACAAAGAAGGUUGAGAGUGGUACUUUCAUUUCCCUGGCCAAUGGCACAAAAGGCAACCUCGCGGUCACCAGAGUCCAAUGA